GGCGGGCAAAGCUUAGCUCCACCCCCAGCCCCGGUGUGAGUGUUGUGUGUGUGUGUUCGGGUGCUUGCAGUCAUGUCGGUGUGCUCGGAGGCCGGUUUCUCCAGUGAGGAGGUAUUGAAUCUCCGCUUUCCUUUUCACCGAGCCUGUCGGGAUGGAGACCUUCACUGCCUCCGCUCCUUACUGCAAGGCCCGCCCGGGAACACCGCUCAGCAGCUCGGCAAGGAAGACUCCUGUUACGGCUGGACGCCCAUACACUGGGCAGCACACUUCGGGAAGUUGGAGUGUCUGGUCCAGCUGGUUGGAGCAGGUUGCUCUGUUAAUGCCAGCACAACUCGUUUUGCUCAAACACCAGCGCACAUUGCCGCUUUCGGAGGGCAUCCUCACUGCCUUAUGUGGCUUAUUCAAGCAGGUGCUAAUGUAAAUAAACAGGACUACGUAGGUGAGACCCCUGUACACAAAGCAGCAAGGGCUGGUAGUUUGGACUGCCUUAAGGCCCUUGUGUCCAAUGGAGGGCAGAUAGACUUUAAGAAUGCCAGUGGCUUGACAGCGGCUGACCUUGCACACUCCCAGGGCUUUACAGAGUGUGCCCAAUUCCUUCUUAACCUCCAGAACAGUCAGCUCAACGGUUUCUAUUGCACUAACUCCUUAAAUGGAGUUCCACAGAAUGCAUCUAAUCGCCUUAAUGGAGGAAUAAACAAUCGCAAAAGGUCAUUCCAUGAUUUGGAGGCAUCUGUUGUUAAGAAGCAGAGAACUGAAGUGAACAGCUUUGGCACGGUGUACAUGACAGGAAGGAUGGAGGAAGACGACAGCAUGCAUGUAGAAAAUCACUCAGAUAUAUCAGGUUUGUUUCUUAAUGCAGAUAUGAAUGGUAGCAUGCACUUCAGUUCGUUAACAAAUGGACCAGCAAGUAAUGGACAUUUUGCAGCACUCAGUGAAAUGGAAAUCAGCUCUCCCAAGUGCCUUCAGCCAAUCAACGGAUACAACGUUGUCACAAAUGGAAACAAGGAGUGUGACGGGAGCGCAACAUAUAUUGAAAAUAAGAAUGAAGCUGUAAAUUCAUCCUCUUGUGGCUCUUUGCAUAUUAAUGGGAGUCCAAGUGAUUAUGUGGUUUCUAGGCCUUCCUGGGGUGAGGGUACGUCAGAUCUCUUGCAGUAUGGCUAUUACCAUGGGUUUGGAGACUCUGCAGAAGGCUUACCUGAGCACAGCAGUCUUGUAGAGCAUUCUGAUUCAGUCCAUGAUGAACACAAGUAUAAACAUACAUUCAUAAGCACACUUCAUCAAUAUCAAGGAUUCUGAGUUAUCUUUACUGUUUUCAUUUUAUUUAGUACCAUGCUUACAUUUCAGUUUUUACUUAAUACAUUGACUUAUUAUUCAGGGUGUUUGUUUAAAGGGAAAUUCUAUUACCCAAAAUUGUUUUUUCUUCACUUUAGCCAUCAAGAGGUUGACUUCUGCACAUUUUAAGGCUGACCCAAACAAUUAAAUAUUUUGCCCAAGAAGCAGCAUUGGUUUAGACUUAGGGGGGAAAAAAAUUAUUUUUGAAAAAAAGUUUAACAAUUUAAGACUAUUCGCACAAGAAAAAAAAAUGACAUUUUUUUUUUCUUUUUUGAGAAAAGUUUUUUAUUAAUAUCAUGUGUAAAAAUGUUUAGCCACAGACAGGCAUUUACUUACUUACUCUUAUCUAGUCAUAAUCAUUUAUGAAAGUGUGUUAAAUGUUGCCAUCCUACAUUUUACAACUUGACCACUAAAUUCAAAUGAACAAGAAAAGGUCAAGUAUUAACCAUCUUCUCUCCUGGCACAUUCUAGUCAAGAAACUUCAGUAGAAUAAUACACAGGUUGAGAUAUGAUUAUGAAAAAAAAAAAAA